AUGGAUUUAACAUACAACAGUUUGACGAAUAUUCCAUUUGCAUUUUUAUUGCUGAAACAACUUCGGGGACUAUCACUUGAAUUUAACCCAAUCAAAGUCAUGGAUCAGAUUGUUCUCCAACAUAUUGCCCCGAUGCUUACAUAUUAUGAUUUAGGAAUUGGCAACAUGACAUCUUGGCCAGCAGAGUUAUCUUCUUUUACUGAUUUGAUUACUGCAGCUUUGUAUGACAUAGAACAAUACAAGUUACCAAGACAACCCUUCUAUGGAUCUAAGAAUAAAAUAGAUGCAAUAAGUAUAAUUAGAUCUGAUCUAACAACGCUACCGUGUUAUUUAACAGAUCUUACAGCACUGACAAUACUAGCCAUACAUGAAACCCCUUAUCUAAAUGCUACAAACAUUGUUGAAGUAUGCCCAUCGAAUUACUCGCUGUUGAAACUUCAAAAAUUAGAACUUGUUGAGGGGGCGCUUAAGGAGUUUCCAAACAUUCUUAAGUAUACACCUUUACUUAAAAAACUUUAUUUAGAUCACAACCAGAUUCAGUAUGUGAAUGGGAAUUUUAUACCAAUGAACAGUGUGUUAGAAGGUCAGGUCCUUUCCUACAACAAUCUGCAGACAAUACCAGGCAGCUUUCUGCGAUUUCAACAUCUGAGGGAAUUAAAUCUAGACCACAACAACAUUGCUACUAUGGUACCUGGAUUGGAGCGUAUUAUUUUACAAAAUCCUAAGCCUAAUCUGUGUUUAAGAUACAAUCCAAUUAAUACAACAUCACUUACGGCGAAAUGUUCGCCGAUCACUUUUCCAUGGAGACCAUAA